AUGGCACUUGGAAAUAGCUCUUUUGUGACUGAGUUCAUUCUAAUGGGGUUAACAGACCGGCCAGACCUCCAGCUUCCCCUUUUCUUCCUAUUUCUUGUCAUUUAUGUAAUCACUGUGUUUGGAAAUUUGAGCCUGAUAACUUUAAUUGGAUUAAAUCCACAACUCCACACCCCCAUGUAUUUUUUCCUUUUUAACUUGUCUUUGAUAGACCUCUGUUAUUCUUCUGUGUUUACACCCAAAAUGCUAUUAAACUUCACAUCAGAGAAGAAUAUCAUAUCCUACAUGGGGUGCAUGACCCAGUUAUACUUUUACUCUUUUUUUGUAAUUUCUGAAUGCUAUUUACUGAUGUCAAUGGCUUAUGAUCGCUAUGUGGCCAUCUGUAAUCCACUUCUGUACAAUGUAGUCAUGUCACCAAGAGUGUGUUCCAACCUCGUGCUUGGUUCCUACUUCAUGGCCUUUUCAGGUGCAAUGGCUCAUACUGGCUGCAUGCUGAGACUGACCUUCUGUGAUGCAAACGCCAUCAACCACUAUUUCUGUGACCUCCUCCCGGUGAUGCAGCUCUCCUGCACCAGCACAUAUGUCAAUGAAGUGGAGGUUUUCAUUGUGGUGGGCAUCAACAUCGUUGUGCCUAGCGUCACCAUCUUCAUAUCUUACGGUUUCAUUCUGUCCAGCAUCUUUCAGAUCAACUCCACUGAGGGCCGGUCCAAAGCUUUCAGCACCUGCAGUUCACAUGUAAUUGCUGUUUCUCUUUUCUUUGGAUCUGGUGCAUUUAUGUAUCUUAAGCCAUCUUCUGCUGGGACCAUGGAUGAGGGUAAAAUCUCCUCUGUGUUUUACACCAAUGUGGUUCCCAUGAUGAAUCCCUUAAUCUACAGUCUGAGGAACAAAGACGUUCAGCUUGCACUGAGAAAAACCCUGAGUAGAAGAAUAAUUUGA